AUGGCUUCCCCUCAAAACAUUCUUGUCAUCGGCGCCGGGAGCUGGGCUACCAAUCCUAAACAGAAGAAGAUCGACAGCCUUCAAAAGCUAGGGAUUCACGUAGUCCCAACCGACAUCAUAAAAGACGACGAACAAACACUAUCCUUGAUCUUCGCCCGCUACGACACCAUCAUCGGCUGUACAGGUUUUGUCUCAGGCAGGGGGACACAAGUCAAGCUGACUCGCACCGCCAUAUCAUCCGCCACCGGAAGAACCACAACCACGCGCUACAUCCCCUGGCAGUUUGGUGUGGACUACGACAUCAUCGGGCGAGGCUCCGUGCAAGACGUGUUUGACGAGCAACUUGACGUUCGUGGCAUGCUGCGUUCUUCUUCGCAAACAGAUACCAACUUGCAGUGGACGAUUAUCUCCACAGGCAUGUUCACGAGUUUCCUAUUCGAGCCGUCAUUUGGCGUCGUUGAUCUUGAAAACGCUAGCAUCUGUGCCCUGGGUAGCUGGGAGAAUCGUGUCACGUUGACCACACCCGCGGAUAUUGGGAGGAUAACAGCGGAAAUAGUCCUGGGCUUGAACUCGAGCUCGAGUGCGGGCACUACUAUUUCCUCCGACCCCAGCUCCAGCCCCAGCCCCGACUCCGGCAAGGUACUAUUCAUCGGCGGCGACACAAUCAGCUACGCCGAGCUGGCAUCGCUCGUCGAGAGAGAAUCGAGCCUCCUCAAUGUGGGAGAUGCGCAGAACGCUCUCGGCCGGGACCCGGGGAAUGCGUUACUCAAGUAUCAGGUUGUUUUUGAGCAGGGACAAGGGGUUUCGUGGGAUCUGGAGGGGACAUGGAAUUGGCAGCGGGGGAUACGUGCGAUGACGACGGCGGAAUGGGCGGAGGGGAAUCUGACUAUAGUGUGA